CGUCACUAUCGCGACACGGAGCGUUGCCGCGGGCAGCCAUUCGGUUUGCCGUGCCGCGUGACGUCACUGCCGCGCAGCGGUCGCCCCGCGUGACGUCACUCCUCCGCGGCGGCGGCGGCGGCGGGAGGGGGGGAGGAGGCGCGGGGUCAUGGCCGCGUCACUGCUCCCCAGGCCGCGCCGCGAUGAUGUCAUCGGGCAGGGGGCAGCUGCGCUUGCUGAGGGCGCCUACCGAUGACAUCACCGCCGCCCCCGCUGACGUCACAGCCGCCCCCGGAGCGGCGCCGGGCCGGGGCUGAGGCCCGGAUGCACUUGCGCGUCGCCCGCUUCAUCAUGGAGGCCGGGGUGAAGCUGGGGCUGGGCUCGGUGCCGCUGGCCACGGCCUGCGCCGCCUACCACCGCUUCGCGGGCGCCGUGGGGCCCGGCGCCCCCUACGACCCCCACCUCGUGGCCGCCGCCGCCCUCUUCCUCGCCGGCAAGGGCCGAAGGGCAGCCGCUGCGGGGCCCGCGACGUCCUCAACGUCGCCCCACAG